AUGGUCUGCGCAACAGGGACCCCCGACUGGAGCAAUGUCACGCUCGCGACGUUCAACCAGACACUCCUCCGGAACCCAAUGCUGUGUACGUCGUGCACUUGUCCGCUCGUCAUCGAGGGCUACCAUCUCGGUUACAUCGCCUACUUCCCCUCGCUGGCUGGCAACGCCCUGUUUGCCGCCAUCUUUGGCCUCUGUCUGCUCCCGCAGAUCUACUACGGAAUCCGCUGCAAGACCUGGGGCUACUUGAUUGCCAUGGUGGGCGGACUCAUCCUCGAAGUCAUUGGGUAUAUCGCUCGCCUCUUGAUGAGGAACAACAUGUUCACCAACUCGUACUUUAUCAUGUAUCUCGUCUGCCUCACGAUUGGCCCGGCCUUUUUCACGGCAGGCAUCUACCUGACCCUGUCACGACUGAUUGUCAUCUACGCUCCCGAACGGGCGCGGUUCCGGCCGCAGGUGUACACGUACAUUUUCAUUGCGUUCGACCUGGUGGCGCUCAUCCUGCAGGCGGCCGGCGGCGCCGUCGCGUCCAUGGCGGAGCCCGGAUCGCCGUCGGUCCGGGCCGGCAUCAACACCAUGGUCGCCGGCGUGGCCUGGCAGGUCUUUGCGCUGCUCCUGUUUGCGCUGCUAAGCCUCGAGUUCUGGAUGCGCGUGCGCUCCCGCGGCGGUGUCCGGCCGGUCCCGCUGAACCCGGCCUUUGCGGAGCUGCGGGCGCGGCGGCCGUUUCAGCCGUUCUUCAUCCUGGCUGUUCUCCUGGCGGGUAUCCUCAUCUUUGUGCGCUCCGUCUUCCGGUGCGCCGAGCUGUCGGAGGGGUUCGGCGGUCCGUUGGCCAACGACGAGGUCACGUUCAUGGUGCUGGAGGCGACCAUGAUCGGCCUGGCGUGCAUUCUCCUGACGGCGUUUCACCCGGGCCUCAUCGUCGGCAAGGAGGCAUGGUCGGCCGCGAGCUGGAAGUCGGGGAAGCACGGGUCACGGGGCGAUGCGGAAAAGUCGGCGAGGGGUUCGUCCACUGAGAGGGAAUACGGGGCGUGA